AUGAUACAGAACCAGGAAAUUGCACUGCAGAGCAUCUCCGGCCUGCGUCAAAAGGUCGAUAAACGACUUGACAAACUUCAGAAAUACAUCACCGACGAGAUGAUUACAUUGUUCAAAAAAGAGAAAAGAGACAUGGAGGCAUCAUCACGGCAGUGCGAACGCCUGAUGAACGGGAUGAAAAAUACCCUGAAGUCGUCCAUUAACGCCGUAAAGCAAAACGACAACAUUGAGACGAUAGUGUUGUAUCAGAGAGGGCAGUCAGAAGUAGAGUCGUGUAGGACUCUGGUCACUAUGUUGUGUAAGUCAUUUACAUCCCUCAGCAUCGAGCAUCAAAUUGUUCCCGGACAUGAUAUCAUUGGUGAUAACGCGAUGGGAAAGAUCGUCGUCGGAAAACAACCACGAUGCAUCCCUUGGAGCCAUAUCGAUUUAGCAAACCCCAUGUCAGAACGACGUGUGAAAGAAAUCGGAAAAUUUAACAUCAAGUCCCCGUCAGAUAAACAGAAUAGCUAUGCCCGUGGCGUUAUGUGUAUGCCGAGUGCACAGAUAGUAGUAAGUGAUUUCUACAACAAAAAACUGAAGUUAUUUACAGACAAAGGACAGUACCUGAACGAGGUGAUUGUUCGUGGAAAUCCCUUGGAUAUGUGUCUGGUAAACAAAAACACGAUAGCGGUUGCCGUCAGCAGUCCUGGCUGUGUUCAUCUCAUGAAAGUCAAGGCCUCAAAACUCUCCCUGACAUCUGCGAUCAAUGUGUCAAAUGGUAAAAACUGUUAUGGUAUAACACAUACAGACGGGAGGUUGGUCGUGGGUACAGGCGAGGGAGAAGUAUACAGUGUGACACAGAACGGAGCAGCCGACUUGUUAUACAGAUAUAACAACACAUGUCGGUCCCUCACUCAUGAUAUCAAAAAGGGAGACACACUUGUCAGUGUCAAUAACACCAACCCGGGGGACGUCGCGGUAUCUAGACUUUCGGCUGACAAACGUCGUACGGAUGUGGCGAAAGUCGGUGUCGUGAGGGAAGCUAGAGGAAUAGACGUGGACAGAGAGGGUAACAUCUACGUGUGUGGUGGGGAAUCAAACAACAUCGUACAGAUGUCAGGAGACGGAACACACGUCAGAGAGCUGCUGACGUCAUCAGAUGGAAUAACAUAUCCACGGGCAAUAGCUGUUUGUGGUGACACAUUUGUAGUAGCUAAUACUAGUAUUACAGACGACGAGAGGGACUAUAUCCGUAUCUUUCAGUUAGUGUAA